AUGGCGGAUACGAGUAGAAUGGAGGAGCUCCUGAAAAGGCCUCUAUAUGUGUACGACCUCCCGCCGGAACUUCUUGCGACUCUCACUGCCAAAACCACGAACCCGGUCACCGAGGAAGAGCCCGAGGUAAAUUCGGAGGAAGUUGAGCUUGCAGCACAGGAUUCUGCGAUCGCAACCUCCACCCUUUGCUCCCUCUGCAAGGUUUCCUACAACAACGUUCAGGAACAGCGCGGCCAUGUCCGGUCCGACCAUCACCGUUACAACAUCAAAGCCCAGUUGCGCGGAAAUGCGCCUCUAGAGGAAAUUGAGUUCGCGAAAGCGAUCGGUGAGCUGGAUGAAUCAAUUUCGGGAUCGGAGUCUUCAGAGACCGAAGAGGAGGAGGCAGACACGGGCGCGAACACGACACUGUCAGCUCUGCUGAAAAAGCAGGCCAAGCUGUCGCAAGCCAAUGAAGAUACAGAGACCGCCGUGGCCAGCACUCCGAGACAUCCUCUUUUCUGGCUGGCUAGUUCGGGGUUGCCGUCGAAUAAGUCCCUAGGUGUCUACAGGGCUAUUUUCUCGAAUGCCGAACAGGACGAGCCCGGUCAUCUGGUCGAGACACUACAGCGCAAGCAAUUGGAGCCUAUCAAGGCGCGCACAAAUAAUUCGAGCAAGGGGCCAGCUCCAUCCGCUGCUGGUCCUCACUUUUUCAUGUGCAUGAUCGGUGGUGGCCACUUUGCCGCCAUGCUUGUGUCUUUGGCACCGGAAAUCCACCGAAGACAAGGCGGCAUUGAAGAUAGACAGCCGCGAGUUAUUGCGCAUAAGACUUUCCACAGAUACACGACACGACGAAAGCAGGGUGGUUCGCAAUCUGCGAGCGAUGCCUCUCGUGGCGCUGCUCAUUCGGCGGGUUCCAGUCUGCGUCGCUACAACGAAGCUGCUCUUGAAAAAGAUAUUCGGGACCUGCUGUCAGAUUGGCGCAAGGAGAUUGACAGCGCUGAGCUGUUAUUUGUCCGUGCAACAGGAAAGACAAACCGCAAGAUUCUUUUCGAUCAAUAUGAUGGAAAUGUUCUCAAGCAGAAAGACCCAAGGAUACGAGGAUUCCCCUUCAACACACGCCGCGCGACCCAAGGAGAACUUUUACGAUGCUUCAAAGAACUCACUCGCGUGAAAGUCAGUGAAGUCGAUGAAGUGGCAGUAGCAGCAGCGGAAGCCAAAAAGCGCGAGGAAGACUCUAAACCAGCUACGCCUCGCCCGCAACCGCAACCACAGAAACCCAAGAUAUCUAAAGAAGAAGAGGCUGCCCUGCUACACACAUCCCAAAUCCAGGCAUUUAUCCGCCGCUCAAAGGUGCCCGCUCUCAUGUCCUACCUCACGAACAACUCCAUCUCCCCGAACUUCACCUUCACGCCCGCCACCCAACCCCAAAACUUCCGCUGUCCGACACCCCUUCACCUAGCUGCGAGCCUCAACGUCCCAGUAGUGGUCACAGCCCUCCUCACAAAAGCCAAUGCAGACCCGACAGCAACCAACAACGAAGGCAGAACGCCAUUUGAGCUAACAGGCGGCCGAGCCACACGCGAUGCCUUUCGCAUCGCCCGCCACGACCUCGGCGAGUCAAAAUGGGACUGGGAGGCCGCAAAGGUGCCGUCGGCAGUCUCAAAAACAGACGCAGACAGCCGCGCCGAGAAGGAGCGAAUGGCUGCCGAUGAGGAGGAAUCGACCAGGCGAAAAGCUGGUCUUGAUCGUUUGAAGCGUGAAGAUGCGGAGAGAGCUGCUGCUGAGCACAAGGCUUUGUUGAGAGGUGGAAGGACUGUUGGGGCGGUUGUUGAGAAGACUAUUGCGGAGAAGCGAGAUGAGGAGACCAGGGGGAUGACGCCUGAGAUGAAAAUGCGAUUGGAGAGGGAGCGCAGGGCUAGAGCUGCGGAGGAGCGAUUUAAGAGGAUGCAAGGGAACUAG